AUGCGCUUUCGCACGGGCAAUGGCCCAGGCGACCGUCGGAUUCGCACGGACUGGUACCGCUGCUAUCCAUCCCUGAUGCGGGAAAAAGAGCGCGAUAUGUACCAUUGCUAUUAUCCCUACCUCUUCGACGGCGGGGAGACGAUGAGUUUGUAUCCGAAGAUCCCGGAGAAUCCUCGGGAAUGGCAGCCUGAGCAGCUCCAGACGACCUACGACGCGAUUCGGGAGGACAAGUACGACGCCUUUCGACGGCUUCGCGAGAAGUUUCCCGAGCUUUAUCAGGAUACCCGGGCGUGGGAUCACCCACCGCCGUUUGGGCAAUUCAACCAAUUCUACAGCGUUCGCUUUGGGAUGGUCGGGGUUAAGGUCUUCACCAGCAAGGAGUACGACGAGUUUGGGAACCAGCUCGACUGCACCGCGUUCUGGUUCCCCGAUAACCAAGUCGUCCAGCAUGGCUGCCGCAAAGGGCAAGUGGGGACGGACAAGGUGUACGUCGGGGCGAUGAACGUCCCGGUGGAAUUUCACAAGCCGCACGUCUCGGCCUUUUAUAAAGCCGCCGGGGUCCCUAUUAAACACGUCUCCGCCGGGUUUCCCAUCACCCCGGACGCCUACGCCCCAAUCGGGACGAAGCUCGACGUGCGGCAUUUCAAACCCGGCCAGGAGGUCGACCUGAGUUUCCAAAACACGGACUACGGCUUUAAGGGGGUGAUGUUUCGCCAUGGCUUUGAUGGAGGCUAUGUUUGGCUCGGGGACUCCAAGUGGCAACGCCGCCCGGGGUGUAUGGGGAGCGAGGGCCAGGGCCGAAUCUAUCCGGGACAUCGAAUGGCAGGCCAGACCGGCGCCGCCGUCGAAACCUACCACGGCGUCCCGAUCUGGCGAAUCGACUACAAAAACUCCCUCAUUUUCCUCCCCACCCUUCUCGACGCCGACGUCGGGGCGUACGUCAAGAUGAGUGAUACGAUCAACACAAAGGGCUACACCUUGUGGAAUGAGCACCGCGGCCUCCCGCCUUUUCCGACCUUUAUCCCUCCCGAGGAUGAAAAUUUAUCGAAUCUCUCCACCGAUGAGUGUCAGCUGCGCUCACCGCCUCUGUACUCGUACUUUCGAGACGAAUUUGCGAGGACCCAGCUGGUGUCCCAGGCCGAUGUCGAGGACGCGAAGAGCGUCAAACCGGUAGAGGCGCCCGCCAAAAAGAAAAUAUACGAUAUGCGAAAAUACCUCGAAGCCAAGAAAAAGUACCGCCAAAACUUGCGAAAAUCGCGAAAGUACAGGCUCAUGUCCCUGCGUACGCGCGCGCAUGAAAAGCAAAAAGAAGCGCGGCGCGCCAAGAUUAUGAAGUACAAGCGCGUGAAAACGUAA